AUGUCAGUGGACAUGGAACGUGACCUUCAAAACUUCUUGAGCGGUGUUCUUUCCAUCGAGAACCGACGUGUGCGAUUCAUCAGCCCUGUUGUUAAGGAACUGUUGCUCGAAGACGGCAGAACGGGACUCUCCAAACUGGACACCGAUUACCGCCUGACAUUACAUUGCCUUCACUACCUGGGCGUUGUUCUCGCCGACGAUUCGCCAAGGGAGCGGGAAAGAUGCCUGUCCUACGUCUCGUAUCAACAACAGACGCGAGACCCGCCGGACCCAGUCCUCGAGUUCCUCCACUACGCAUGCUUGUUCUGGCCGACCCACUUCCUCCACGUUGAAGCUCCCGACAAGGAGCUUAUCCGCAAGGUGGCCGAGUUUCUUCAACAACCGAAAGUUGCGGAUCGGUGGUUCGAACUGCACUUGCUCUGCACCGCGACACCAGCCGACGUGUGCACAGGAGAUGACCAGCCCAAGGGCGAAGCUAGGACACGGGAAAGAGCAGUGCAAAUGGCAGGUUAUGUUGGCCUCGUCUCGGUCGUAGCCCAUCUCUCGACCCUUUCGGCUGCAGGCGGGACCACUCGUCUGCUUGAGACUGUUCCUGUCCGCCACGGUCACGCACAGCACGACGCUGUCCUGGAAACUUUAUCGCCAGAUGCCUGCUUGGAAAGUGCCAUCGCCAACGAUGACCAUGAGAAAGUAGAAAGGUUGCUGGAAGAGAACGAGGAAAUUAUGGCGAGGCAGUUCCCUCUCCAUAUGGCGGCGCUAGCUGGCAGCCUGAAAACCGUCCUCGCGCUGCUCAAGUCGAUGAAUGAUCCACCGGAAAAGGACCAUGAUGGCCGUAUGCCGCUCCACUUGGCGGCUGCCGGUGGGCACGUUGGUAUCGCCCGAGCUUUACUGGGAGAGGAUACUCCGGAAAAGGAUGGUUUGGAACCUGAGAAGAGGAACGAGAACCGGGGGGAGCAUGUCCGCAGCAUCCUGGAUGACCCGGACAUAAACAGCCAAACGCCGCUGAUGUUGGCAACAAUUAUGGGCCACAUCGAGGUUGCUAAGUACUUGGUAGUCGAAGACAUGGCGACCAAGGAGCCUACUAGCCUACUGGUUCAAGAUCAUGACGGUUGUACGCCUCUGCACGUGGCCGCUCAAAUCAACAGUACCAUGUCAGCCUUUGCCAUGGUGAAGGCCGCAAGUGGCAUUGAUCAUCUUGCUAACCUGUUGGGAGUGCUCGACAACAGCAUGAAGACGGCAUUGCACCAUGCCGCAGAGUCCGGCGCGAUUGAAAUCGCAGGACUCCUCGGGGAGAAGGAUGUCCUUCGGUUGAGUAGCAGAGCUCGGGACGUAAACGGCAAUAUCCCCGCCGAGCUUGCUGCACAGCGCGGCCACUUGGAUGUGAUGAAGCUUAUGGUUAGCUGGGCGCUAGAUGACUCAAGUGACAACCUGCUUCUCGCCGCUGCAAAAGCCGGUCAGCUGCUCGGGGUGCGGUACCUCCUCCAGCAGGAUUGCUCACCGGAUGGGCCGGAAUCGAGAAGCCCAAGGCCCCUAGCACAAGCCGCGUCGGAGGGCCACGUGGCGGUAGUACUUAGCCUGCUCCACGCCGGUGCACAUGUCAACAUGCCAGACCAGGAGAGACGGACAGCUCUACAUCAAGCCGCGGCCAAAGGCAGGUGUGAUGUCAUUCGGACACUUCUAGACUGGGUCCCAGUCUCGGGCGAACAGGCACAUCUAAAUACCCCUGAUUCACUAGGAUUUACGCCGCUUCAUCUAGCCGCCAUGGAAGGCCAGAUUGAGGCCAUGGCCCUCCUCCUAAACCGCGGGGCCAACAUCGAGGCUCGGUCACGGGAGAGGCAAAGUCCUUUGCAUUUGGCUAUAAACUGUGCGCGGGCGGUCGAGUUGUUGUUGGACAGAGGGGCGGCAGUAGACAGCAAGGAUACUCUCGAACAAACGCCCCUCAACCUAGCAGUGCGUAACAGGCAUCUGGAAUCAGCUAAGGCACUCAUCAGCCGUGGGGCGGAUUUGGACGCUGAAGAUGACGGGCAAAAGACCCCGUUGAAUUAUGCCAUUGAGCAGGACGACCUCGCCAUGGUUGAAGAGUUUUUCAAAGCCAACCCAGACACCUUUCGAGCCCAUAUGUGGGAUAAUCUUAAGCUGGCAGUAACGCAUUCCUCCACUAACGUGGCGCGGUUCAUCAUUCGGAGGCCCCCGGAUACAACCAGCACGACCGAUGAUCGGGCAAACGAGUUGCUCUCUAUCGCCGCGAAGGCGGAUCUCCCAGACAUUAUCAUGUCAUUGGUGGCCCUAGGGGCAGAUGUCAAACAUCACUGGGGCCCGGGACAGAAAACUCCCUUGCAUGAGGCAGCAGCCGAAGGCAUGGUCGAGAACAUGCGCGGUUUAAUCGAGCUAGGAGCCGAUGUGGGUGCACUUGAUGCAAAGAACGAGACGCCACUGCACGAUGCUGCCAGAUGGGACAGAAUCGAGGCUAUCUCUAUCCUGCUCGAUCAGAACGCCCAAAUCAACGCUGUUAAGGAGGACCACAUUACACCCCUUUUCAUUGCUUCUUACAGCGGCUGUGUUGGAGCGGUCAGGGUGCUCUUGAGCCGUGGCGCCGACGUCACCUUGCGUCGUAGCGACGGUUGGUUUCCACUCCACGCGGCAGCGGACGACGAAGAGAUUGUUGCGCUACUUGUGGAAUACGGCGCCGACGUCAAUUCCCAGGAAGAGAACGGAUGGAGCCCAAUGCACCUUGCUUCCAGUUGGGGUAAAGGGAAGAUAGUUCAACUACUGCUCGAGCACGGGGGCAACCCAAACCUCGAAGACAAUACCGCCUCUACACCAUUUCAGCUUGCCAUGCGGGCACCAGACGAUAGCUCUGUCAGAGCCAUGCUCGACCACCGCGGCAACAACAUGCCGAAUCUUGAGAUGCCAAAUGACGACGGCCUAGCCCCCAUCCACUUCGCCGCCACUUUGUCUGAAGGCGACUCUGAAGUAUUAACUCAACUGCUCUUGGAAAGGGGGGUCAAGGUCCAGGCUAGGACACAUAAGAACGAGACAUGUCUAAGCAUGGCGGCCUCGAGGGGCUUGUACAAAACGCUAGCUAUACUGCUUGGCGGGGAGCAGACCUCGGCGCCUGGUACGGGGUGGGAUCACGGCGACUUGGUAGCCGCCUACUGGCAAGCAAUCAAGCGCGAACCGAGCGCGGCUUCCGUGAGCUGCGUGGAACUUCUGCUGAAAAAGGAGAGCCGCCUGUUGAACGCAACAUCUGACAAAGGCGGCCACAACGGGCUUGAAGAGUAUUUCUUGCACAAUCGUCCCAAUGAGCUGGACGACGAAACCAUGCUCUUACCGAUCCUCCUCAUCAACCGUGGAAUAAACCCAUUCCAGAAACGCGUAUCCGAGCAGGUGACCGCAUUCGAGCUCGGCAUACUGGCAGGCGGCCGCCACAACAGUGACUACAUAGAAGCGUGUGUUAAGUAUGUCCCUCCCGAUUUACAGCUGUCAUCGUCGGGCUUCGGCUUUAGAGAGCUGCGGAUCGCUGCCGAGUUGGACACAGCAACCUUGUGGAAGAAGUUGGAGCCGCUGAUGAGACAUUUCGAAACUGAGACCGACCAGGACGGGUGGACGAUACACCAUGUCUUGUCACAGUCUGCGUCGCCGCGACGAGAAUCUGUCCCGCACAAGCCGCCAGCCACCGGCCCUGGGGGCAUCAAAACACCGACCGGUAUUGUCUGGCCCUCAGCGUGGCAAGGAGAAGAUGCAGGCACCAAACCCGGCGUGGAAAUAUCCCCGGACGGAUGCGGAGCUUCAUUUGAAGGUCAAAACGAUGAUGGUGAACCAUUAACCGUCCGCGCGGAUUUCCCCUUUCCACACCGCAGAUUACCCAUGGCUUUGCCGUAUUUCGAAGUAGCCAUCGAAUCAUCCGACCCGGGCCCCAACCCCGACAAGGACCAUGUCGAUGUCGACGCCGCUGUCAUAACCGUCGGACUCUGUGGGGAGUUUUCCAACUUGCGCGAGGCCCAUCCAGGCUGGAUGUCUUGGUCGGUAGGGCUUCACGGGGAUGACGGCAAGAUCUUUGAGCAGACCGGCUACGGAGUUCACCGAACCGGGCGACUCUUUGGGCCAGGAACCACGGUUGGUUGUGGGGUUGACUACGAGAAGGGGGAGUACUUAUUCACUUUGGAUGGGGAAGUGGUCGCUCAGAUGGCGAGCAAGCUCGUUUACCACAAGUUAUAUCCCUGCAUUGGGCAUCGUGUUGGCCCUGCAAAAGUCAGAGUGAACUUUGGGACGUCUGAAUUUGCAUGGAAAGAGGCCGAACGUUUGAGAAUCAAGGAGGCGGAUAGUGGGCGACGAACGGCGAGAGGAGGUGGUUUCAGGCGGGCAUUGUCUGGCCACCACACACCGGCUUUUGCCUACAACUACUACAUGCCGGCGGAUCUAAGCGGAACUAAACAGCGAGGCGAGCGCCUUGUACACGCGGUCAUUCAACGAGGCGUCAAGACGUUACUGUUUGCCGAGAAAUGGGACCAUGUGUCUCGUUCUCUUGAUGUUGCCUCGAUUAUCUUCCGCGGCCUGUUUUUUGUAGACCAUGACAAGGGCCAAGCGCCGGUUAUGUUCCGAGGUGAUCUCGGGAAUAGGGUAGUGGUAGAGGACGCCUGGAAAGAUAAAUAUCCCUCGAUGGCUCGGUGGUACCGAUUACCCGUUGUGUCUUAUCCCGAUUUCCUUCACACGCCGUAUUGUUGUAUGUGCAUCGUGUAUGAUUACGUCUGUGGAAAUUGUGAUCGCGGACACAUAACCGAGACCAGCGCGGAGUUCGUGAAGUGCAAUAAGAAGGUGGCGGUACCUGACAAGAACUGCGGGAAGUGGGACCGCAAGAAGAAGAAGGUCAAGAAUAAUUUCUGCAAGGCUGGCGAGGAGAAGAAGGAGAAGAAGAAAAACAAGGGAGUAAAGGGGAUCCUGUCGAAGGUUACGGAUUCUGUCGUAUCAUAA